GUCGACGUGAGCUUGGACUGUUAUGGUGCUGCUAUGACCUUCCAUGUCGCUGUCCAGUACGGAUCAUUACAUAUCUAGACUUCCUCAGAGGCAGAGGACAACAUGUGCUCGGCCCUGACACGCCGUUGAACAUCCUCGAGACAGAAACAUGCCAAUUACUACCGUCGGUGUUGGCGCUGCAGUCACGCCUACGGUCGUCAAGACUUGCAUAUCCCAUUAUACGAACCGAAAGCCUCGACGGGAUAAGCCCACCGCCCACAUCUCUUACGAUGAAGGUCUGCAUCUGAUCCGGCGCUUCCUGGACUAUGCCUCCCAUCAUACCGUUGAAGAUUUGCAAGCGUUCACUGGGCAGUGGGUACCGAAUCCCUCCUGGGUCAGGACGGAGAACAUCGCCAUCGACUCCGAACACAUAACCAAAGCUGCAAGAACAAUUACCCUUCAAUUAGGUCAAACUGGCGUUGAACAGAUAGGAGGCACCCAAUGGUGGCAGUGGCGGCCAAAAGGGACCGAAUUAAAAGGAGAAUGGAUUGAGAUGCGGUCACAUUACAAUGAGCAGAAGCGGAAGGGCACGAGAAGUCGGAGAAUAAUGCUCUAUGUUCAUGGCGGAGCUUACUUCUUUGGAAGUGUCGACGAACACCGAUACCAAAUGCAAAGGCAUGCCCGAAAGCUCAAGGCCCGUGUCUUCGCUCCUAGAUACAGGCUGGCACCACAAUACCCCUUUCCGUGUGGACUUCAGGACUGCUUAGCAGCGUACUUCUAUCUGCUUACUCUCCAUGAGCCUUCCGAGAUUAUUCUGGCUGGCGACUCUGCGGGUGGCGGUAUGGUGGUGUCAAUAUUGUGUUUACUCCGCGACCAAGGGCUUCCAAUGCCAGCCGGUGCUGUACUUAUUUCGCCUUGGGUCGACCUGACCCAUUCAUUUCCGAGUUUGUCAGGAAACGCCGAACAGGACUAUAUCCCAGCUCAUGGAUUUAUGCAUAAGCCGUCUGCCUCGUGGCCGCCUCCAAAUGACGAAGAGUUGGUAAAGAUCAAUGACCUGGCUAGAGGCGGUAACGGCUUAGGAAUUGCAAGUUCUAAACCUUCAGAGCCAGAAGACUCACAUUCGGCAUCUUCAGGACAGGCUCAAGAGACCCGCCCAGAUGUAGCUGUACCAAUCAAGGGCGACGGAGAAGUCACACCGGUGCCUCAACUGCAACUUUCGAUUGACCUCGAUGGGGAACGAAUUGUCUUGAAAGACCAAAUCCAGAUGUACACCACAAACCAACUUCUAGCACAUCCACUUGUAUCUCCUGUUUUGCAGCCCUCGCUUGGCGGACUACCGCCGGUGUCAAUCUUGACAGGCGGUGGUGAGAUUCUUCGCGACGAGCAAAUAUAUCUGGCGCACAAAAUGGCCAAUCCUUCGAAAUACCCGCUAGGCAGCGCUUAUCGGUCGAGAUACGACCCUGACGACUCAAACUUGAAGAAAUACAGGCCAACACCCGUACAACUACAGGUCUGGGAGGAUCUCUGCCACGUUGCGCCAACGCUGUCUUUCACUCGUCCUGCUAAACAUAUGUACCGAUCCAUAGCUCAGUUUGGAGCUUGGGCACUAGCAAGAGCACAAAGAAGAGCUAUAGACAUUCUGGAUGAUGACGACAUCUCCAUCAUUUCGACAGAAAGCGACUCAGACUCCACAAGCGGUGAAUCAGCAGCCAUGCCGACAAAACACGGGCUUGACCCAAGCAAAACGAUAGGUUUGGUAGGCCGAGCAGGCGAUCCUCUACCACCUUUCCAGAACAAUAUGCUCCGUCAACGCGUCGAUCGUGCUGGGAAGAUAUAUCCUCUUGAAGAACCUCAUGAUCUGCCUGGGAUGCAAAUGCACCCCGACGAGGUGGGUGUGGUCAAGCCCGGGCCGGUGAGGAAGUGGCUAGACGCGAGAAAAGUUUGGGACAGUAAAUACGCCAGUGUAAGCAAGAAGGUACAGAAAGAACGAGUCAAGGCACUGGCCAGUGGUCAUAUCAGACCGUUUGAAAGCGGAGAAAGGCCUCCUGCUUGUGCGCUUGCCAGCCGACGAACACACCAAGAUCUAGUCGUCAAAAAGAAACGCAAGAGUAAUCUAUUGUUCAUGUGGUCCAUGUGGGGUUCCAAACAUGAUGAGAUGACCCUCAAGAGAGAGCAGGAGGCGGUGGAAAGGGAGCCAUCCCAGCCUGAGCUCACAGAAACGGAAUUACCCACAGCUUCACCCCGAGGUACAGACGGAGAAGUCGAAGCAGUACCAGCUUCUGCUGCGGAGGCGACUUCGCCCAUAGGUCGCGCACGAAGGCGCUCACGAAGGAGAAGCAUGAGUUCGAAACGGCAAGCAAGCCAAAGCAGAGUUCGUGGGCGAGCGCGUACUAUAUCUGUGGCGGACAAGGGACAAGUUGAAGGCCAGCAUUUACCACCUGCUGUUCCCGUAGUGCAGACGGCACCUGAACCGGCAAGCACUCCUGGCGAACCUCCUAAGAUAGUGACGAAUUCGGCGGAUGACGAGCCCCGCCCACAAUCGCCUGAGUCCGCACUCCUUUCUGCUGGAUUCAUGCCAAAAUUCAAGACGGUGUCUCAUAUCCGUGAUGACUCGGCCAGCAUGAGAACUGGGAAGAGUGUGGGAGUGGCGAGUGAUGACGCGAGUACCCGGGCUUUGUUCGUCGAGGCCGGCGUCAUAUCAAGGCUUGAGAGCGAACCGGGAGCGCAAGGCUCCACUGGGGCCAUGCCCAAAGGAAGACCUGGAAGUAUGCUGGCGAGUGAAGUUGGGACUUCCAUCACUGAUUGGGAUGGAGUCAAUGGAAAUGGCGCUCAACACGGCUCUGACACGCCUCGAAGUCAGCGUAGUCUUGACCGGCUGCAAAGUCACCAGCAAGAUGAAGGGAUGGGCCGGUUGCAGCCUCUCCGGAGCCCAAGCUCGACUGCCGUGGUGAGGGCGGAGGGUGUCGUUGGUAUGAUGCGCGAUGAUCAUGGUGAAGCACAGGUCGCAGAGAAAGAUAUGAUGAGGAAAGAGGAGGACUCGGCAAGUCUAUCACACGGCGUUGACGGUGCAAGCAGCCACGAGGCUGACGGUGCUCUCACAAGAGGUCCAACGGACAGACCUCGACUGUAUGAUCGCUCCGAGACGGCGUUUCAGACGGCCAUGGAAAAGUUGGCUUAGACCUGACAUGACACAAGCCUUUGCUUAGUGCACUAUGAUUAAG